CUGAGCUCCAGAGCCAGAUGUAACAUUGACCUUAAAUGGUAAAAGCUCCCCAGAGUGAAGAGAGGCUGGCCAGAGGAGGAAAGGGGAAUAACUCAGUUUUAGCCUGUGGAGCCCAGGUCUCUCGGAGCACCCUCAGGGCUGACGCAGCAGAGGAUCCGGGCACACACGGCCACUCCUGCCAGGAGGCUGCCAUGCCCCACAUUCCCGAGGAUGAGGAGCCCCCCGGAGAGCCACAGGCAGCCCAGAGUCCCAAUGGCCAAGGCCCUCCAACCGAAGGAACAUCUUGCAGCCCACCUGCAAUCAUCCUCACUGGGGAUGCCAGUUCACCAGAAGGCAAGACCGAUAAAAACGUGGCCAACAGAGCUCAUAGCCCGCACAGGAGGCUGUCACACCGACACUUGAAGAUUUCCACAGCUUCACUGACUUCCGUGGACCCAGCAGGGCACAUCAUUGAUCUGGUAAAUGACCAGCUGCCAGACAUCAGCAUCUCAGAGGAGGACAAGAAGAAAAACCUGGCAUUGCUGGAAGAAGCCAAGACGGUGAGUGAGCGAUUCCUGACCCGCCGAGGGAGAAAGUCCAGGAGCAGCCCGGGAGACUCCCCACCAGCUGCUCCCCGGAACUCCAGCCCCGGAGCGUCCCCUGCCUCCUCCCGGAGCAACUCGCUCACAGUCCCCAGCCCCCCAGGUUUGGAUGUGUGCAGUGGCCCUCAGCCCCCUCUGCCUGGAACGCUGCCACAGCAGAAGGGGGAUGAGGCCAAAGUGUCUUCACCUCACCUUGGCGAGCCUAAUGUUCCGGAAGGGCUAGCUGACCAGAAGCAGAAUGACCAGAGGAAAGUCUCUCAGGGCAGACUGGUUCCUCACUCCCCGCCGAUUGAGAAGUCUGAAGAGACUACAAUAGAACAAAAGGAAAACGUUGAUCCCCUCCAGCAUCCUGAGACCACACCCAAGGGCCCAGCUUCUGGCACAGGAAGUGGUGGGAAAAUGGCCCUGAACAGCCCCCAGCCUGGCCCUGUCGAGAGCGAGCUGGGGAAGCAGCCCCUCAAGACAGCCAAGGAGAGCAACCCUCUGCCGAGAAGCCCAGCCCAGGUUUCUGGAGGGGCGCCUCCCCCAGUCCCUCAGGGGAAAGGCUCAGCCGGGGAGCCAGCAGGGUCCAAGGUCAGCUCCAAAGCUGAGAUGUGGCCCCCUGUGUCCCGGCCCCCCCUGUUGCGAGGGGUCUCCAGGGAUAGUGGCCCCGAAGAACCUGGCCCCCAUCUGCAGAAAGUGCUCGCCAAGCUGCCACUGGCAGAGGAAGAAAAGCGUUUUUCAGGCAAAGCCAGCAGCAAGCUGGCCAAGGCACCAGGACUCAAAGACUUUCAGAUACAAGUCCAGCCUGUGCGGAUGCAGAAACUGACCAAACUCCGUGAGGAACACAUCCUGAUGAGAAGUCAGAAUUUAGUGGGGCUCAAGCUUCCAGACCUUAGUGAAGCGGCUGAGCAAGAAAAAGGGCUCCCUUCUGAAUUCCUCCCAGCUAAUGAGGAAGAAGAGUCAAAGAAUGGCUUGGAUGUCAUGCCCAAUAUUUCUGACAUGCUGCUUCGCAAACUGCGAGUCCACAAGUCUCUCCCUGGAAGUGCUCCCCCACUCACUGAAAAGGAAGUUGAGAACGUGUUUGUACAACUGUCCUUGGCCUUUAGAAAUGACAGCUACACCCUGGAAUCUAGAAUUAAUCAGGCUGAAAGGGAACGCAACCUGACAGAGGAGAACACUGAGAAGGAACUGGAAAACUUCAAAGCUUCCAUUACGUCCUCAGCUGUACUCUGGCACCACUGUGAGCACCGAGAGACCUACCAGAAGCUGCUGGAGGACAUCGCUGUCCUGCACCGCCUGGCUGCCCGCCUCUCCAGCAGAGCUGAGAUGGUGGGGGCUGUCCGCCAGGAAAAGCGCAUGUCUAAAGCAACAGAAGUAAUGAUGCAGUAUGUGGAGAAUCUGAAGAGGACAUAUGAGAAAGACCAUGCAGAGCUCAUGGAGUUUAAAAAACUUGCAAAUCAGAAUUCAAGCCGCAGCUGUGGCCCCUCUGAAGACGGAGUCCCUCACACAGUGCGGUCCAUGUCCCUCACACUGGGAAAGAACAUGCCCCGCAGGAGGGUCAGCGUUGCUGUCGUGCCCAAGUUUAAUGCCCUGAACCUGCCUGGCCAAUCCUCCAGCUCAUCACCCAUCCCCUCCUUACCAGCUCUGUCAGAAUCAACCAAUGGGAAAGGCAACACACCUGUCACCUCAACACUGCCUGCACUUGUGGAAAAUGGAAAGACAAAUGGGGACCCAGAUUGUGAAGCCUCUGCUCCCAUCCCAACUCUGAGCUGCCUGGAGGAGAUAAACCAAGAGACUAAGGCCAGGAUUGCGGAAGAAGCUUAUAACAAGGGAUACCAGGAAGGUCUAAAGAAGACUAAAGAACUUCAAGACCUGAAAGAGGAGGAGGAAGAACAAAAGAGUGAGAAUCCUGAGGAAGCUGAAGAGGCAGGAGAAACUGAGGAGGAGGAAAAGGACCAGAGAAGCAGUAAACUUGAAGGAUUGAUUCAUUUCUUACAAGUCAUGUUUCCCAAACUGUGUCAGCACUGGCAAGUAAUCUGGAUGAUGGCUGCAGCGGUGCUGGUCUUGACUGUUGUGCUGGGACUCUACAAUUCCUAUAACUCUUGUGUGGAGCAGGCUGAUGGGCCUUUCGGAAGAGCCACUUGCUCAGCAGCCCAGAGGGAUGCCUGGUGGAGCUCAGGACUCCAGCAUGAGCAGCCUACAGAACAGUAGGAAGCCUGAUACCUAGCGAGGGCCCUGCUUCAGGACCCUCAGCCUACCACUCUUUCCCCAAGUAUAAUAUGUCAGGCCCAGGAGUGGGCAUGUUGCCACCAGUUCCAUCAGGGGUGAAGAGGGGUUCGUGAAGUCCAUGAAGUACCUCUCUGUGAGCUAUUCAUACACAGUAAGUGAUUUCUUGGAGGAUCAACAAUACUGCCUGGGAAAGCCUCCAAUGGACAGAGACGUCACCUUCACCAAGGAACUCUAACUGAUGGCUGGGAAGAAUUAAAACACUUUCACUGAGGGGGACAGUAAGACACUCACACUCCCCUUUUCUCUUCAUUGCACUUGGUCAUCAGGAAGAAUUGUGCUUAAAGGCCAACCCAGACCCUAAGAAUCUGACCUGGAAUUUGGAGUUGCAAAGUGAAUAUCUUCCCAUUUCCCAUCUCAUUUGCCCUGACUAUCCUUCAGCCUCCCCUUUUUUCCCUUUGGAAUUGGGGUUUCUUUUUACAGAGGUAGGGAGGGUUUCUUAUAAACAUGCAUAGGUUGGAUUUAGCUCAGUGCUUGAAAUGAAAUGGGAAGAUGUGAAUUUAUAUGCAACUGUGUACACACACAGCACACACACACACACACAACAUACAUGUGCAUGAAGCUAACAACCCUCAAGCAUGUGCUCUGGUUGUGUGCUCUGGAUAAAGAAAAUGCUCAUCAAGCCAACCCACAGAUUGUCACUGGGUGUGCAGCUGUCUCCAGGCACCUGUUCAAUGUGUUUUCCACAUGGACUUAAGAUGUUUGAAAAGUGCUGAAAACUCAUGCCUUCAAUGGCGAACUUGCUAGUCUCCAUUUCAAAUGCUAACUCAAAGCCACUGUACAGCACAGAUUAGUCAUUUGUUCUCUCCCUUAGAGAACAGUUAACUCACCUCUCAUGAAUGAGUAGAAAUGAUGUAUUCUCAGCUUCAGUCUCUUACUCUGUGUAUGUGCCUACACAUAGUGUGCAUUUGCGCCUUAGUGCUUUGGGUCAAACAGGAUUUCCAACCCAAGAAUAUGUUUCAGAGCAUUCCCAGUUUUUAGCAUAAAACUGAGGGCACACAUCCAAUCUCCAGUUUGGCCUCUCUCCACCUGUAUCACCACUGCCUUCAUUCAGCUCUCCUCAGUUUUGGGAGGAGUGUUGAUUUUGUGUGGGUUUUAUUGUUGUUUUGCUUUUAUUUUUGUUUCGUUGUUGAUGUUUGUUUUUGUUGCCAACACUUAUGUAGAACUUACUAUGGGCAAACAUUGCUCUAAGUAUUAUAUAGGUAUUAAUUAAUUUCAUCCUCAAGAGAAAGAAUAAGCUAUGAAGUGGAUACUACUCUUCCCAUUAUUAGAUAAGAGACUAAGUCCCCAAAAAGAUAAGUAACUUGUGACACACAAGUUAAAUCACAGAGCUGGAACUCAAACCCAGGUAUUCUGAUUCCAGGAACUGUGUGCUCUUAACUCCUACACUAAAUUGCUCUUUUCUAAUAGUCUCCAAACCAGACGCCUUACAUUCCAAUCUCACAUGUUUCCAAUUCAUAGCCCACACAACCACAAGAGUGCUCUUCCUAAAGCAAAAAUCUCAGAAUGCUUAGAACUCCUCAGUGACUCCCCCUCACCUGUAGGAUAAGAUUCCCUUUCUUUACCUGGCAUCAAGGCUUCUCAAGAUAUGGUCUCUUCCUGCUUUUGUAGCCUCCUGUACUGCUGCCCUACUCCUAGCAGCCCGUCAGCCACUGCAAACCACUUCUGGUUCCUGAACUGGAUUGUUUACUCUCACAGCUCUGUCUUCCACUCACUCAUUUUUCUUCGGCCAUUCUCUUUUUUUUCUGACCACUUCCUGUUCAUAUUUGAGGACCAAGUGCAAGAAUCAUCCUCUUCAUGUUCCCCCACUAUAUCCUUAACGUAAUAAGUCACAUCCUCCUCUGUUUUUCUGGCACCUUUUAAAUACCUUCGUUAUUGAUCCUUGCUACGGUAUAUCACAAUAACUUAUUUAUGUCUGUCUCCCCUACCAUUUUUCCUCAAAGACAAGAACCAUGUCUUACUCACCCCUGGGUAAGUGCUAGCAUGGUGGCUGAUGCUUAGGAGGGUAUCAUUAAAUGUCAGUUGAAAGAACAAGUAGGGAUUCAAGAUGGUGGAGAAUAGCACCAGCACCAUUACCACGACCAUCUAAUGAGAACAGUAACAUUUUAAUAACCUGAGGUUAUUCUAAUAUUUUUCAGUCUACUCUGUGAGAGAGCAGGAAUGAGUCCAGACUUGCAACACCAUUUCCAAGUUCAAGGACUGGGAUUUAUGAAAUCACUCCCUUCAGAGAGACCCACCUACUUCAGGCCCAAUUUUAAAACAUAUUUAUUUAAGGGGGUCACCCUUUACAGGGCCUAGAAAACCUCUGCCAGAGAAGCCCAAGCCAGGGUUGACCAAGGAUGUGCCAUUAAGGUAGAGAGAGAGAGAACUGGGCAGGGGGACUUUGGGGACAUGGGUGGAUGGUUCAACCUGCCUCUUUCAGGGGGACCAGAAAUAACUGAAGGAACUUUAGCUCUAUGAGGUCCUCAGAGUCAAAGACAGGAUGUGAAUGGAGCUCCAGAGAGAGUGGCUGGGGGGCAGGACUCUACGCUGGCAAUGUCCAAUCUCAGCCUUCUUUAAAGAAGGACCAGGCUGAGCUGGCCCAUUGUCCACUUGGCCACAAGGUUCCUACUUUUGUCCCCAGUUGAAACAAAAGCCAGGAAUGGAGGUGCCAGUGAACUCCUGAACCAGCUGGUCAACAGGAAGGCCUGCAAGAGUACUUCCAAACACAGACUCUCACCAAACUACUCCAUUGGUGAGGAAGGGAGGUUGAGGAAAAGAAGGAACAUUAUCUCCAAAAAGGAACAUAUCCUUAUCUCCAAAAAGGAACAUAAGAGUAAUCACAUUUACAGGGGCAUUACUGAAAAAGUACUCACUGGUAUUCCUUUUCUGAAAAGCACAGAUCAGCUUGAAGCAGAUGAAGCUACUGCCAAAGUAUUAUUGAAUUGGAAGGAAACAGGCCCUAUAUUUCCAAUAGUAAAGUUGAUCUGAAAUAAAAGUCCACCUCAAAAUGUGCCUCUGUCAUCUGACAUUUCUGCUUAGCCCUGGAAGUCUGGAUACCUACCUACCUUCAACUGCAGAGUGAUGUGUUUGUGUCACUGUUGAUGACACCUCCUAAAAGGACCUUCACUUUCUGGCUGCCACAACCCAUAUGUAUUGCUCCCUAUAUACGGUUAGGCAGAGUAAAUGGAGAGGGAGAUGUUGGAUUUGUGUAUCACUAGCUGUCAGUGCCUAAUGUUGUUAAGCCUCACAUAGGUGUGCCAGCAUUGAACUGUAAAGGGUCACAUACCUGAAUUUGAAAAUAAAACCACAUUUCCAAACCUUA